UAUUCUGGUUUUCCGAUUUCCCGGCUGAUAUCAGACAUUUUGAUAGCUAAAUUCUGUGAAAGUUUUUGUUUUGAAGUCUUAAUUUUAGAUUCGUUCAUUAACCUAUAAACAAUAUAAACUUUUACACUUAAUUAUAUUACAUACAAGUUGAGACGUUUUUAUUUAUUAAGAACGUUUGUUACCAAUAAUUUCGUGAAAAAUGUCGUCUAAAAUUGUUCAAAAUAUGUUGAAAAGUGUACCAUUCAAUCGCCUGCGGAUGUCCCAAAUUAGAACAAAAGCAACGUUACCUCCUCUCGCAUUUGAAUAUAAAGACUUGGAACCAAUCAUAUCACGUGAUAUUAUGGAAAUUCACCACCAAAAACAUCAUAACACUUAUGUAGUUAACUACAAUAAUACACUAGAUAAAUUACAGACUGCUGUAGCAAAAGAUGAUACGGCGACAAUCAUAAGCUUGGCACCUGCACUAAAGUUCAAUGGUGGUGGUCAUAUUAAUCAUUCUAUUUUCUGGGAUACACUUACACCUCAUUCAACUAAACCUUCUGACAAUUUGGAUAAGGCUUUAAUUCAAAACUUUGGUUCAUUUGAUGAAUUUAAGAAACAACUAGCAGCAGCUUCUAUUGCUGUCCAAGGUUCUGGAUGGGGUUGGCUUGGGUUUAAUCCUCAAAACAAGAAGUUGACUGUUAUAAGUUGUGCUAACCAAGAUCCAUUGUUCCCCACUACUGGAUUGAUUCCUUUGUUUGGAAUUGAUGUUUGGGAACACGCUUACUACUUGCAAUAUAAGAAUGUACGUGCUGAUUAUGUUAACGCAAUUUUUGAAGUUGUGAAUUGGGAUGCUGUGUCCAAACGUUUUGCUGAAGCUUCUGCUUAAUUUAAAAUAAUUAUUUCAACUUUAUAGUUCUUAACAAGUAUAUAUUUAUGUUUAUGCAAUUAAAUAUGUACU